AUACCGAGAGGGAAGUCAGAUAAAUGGGUUAGUUUCACGGAUGCCAUGGAGUUUGAUCUGUUUCUAGGGAAUUCGUUGGUUUCGAUGUACUCUAAGCUUGGACAUAUCUCUGAAGCUUAUAAACUUUUCGAGAAGAUGCUGAGCAAAGACAUGGUAUCUUGGACAGAUAUGAUCAAAGGGCUUUCUGGAUAUUAUGAGGAGGCGAUUUGCUGGUUUCGUAAGAUGCUCCGGGAAGAAGUUUGUCCAAAUUCUUACACUUUCAGUAGUGUCCUCAGCGCAACAGCUAGUUUGGCGGCAUUGAUCGAAGGACUACAAAUCCAUACUAGAGUUGUGAAGAUGAACAUCGAGAAUGACUUGUCAGUUCAGAAUUCGUUGGUAUCGAUGUAUUCCAAAUGUGGCAACACGAAUGAUGCUUACAGGAUCUUCUCGUGCAUCAACGAGCCUAAUAUUGUUUCUUACAACACGAUGAUCAGCGGGUUUUCUUAUAAUGCGUGUGGCGGUUUCAUUCUUGCGUUUGCUUUAAUGUCGUGUUGCCUGGGGAAGGAGAAGGAAACAUUACCUACGAAUAAUCCCAACAUCCAGAGAAGUAGAGCAGGUGUAACAAGCACCAAUGGUGACUUCUUGUUUUAUCCAGCGGCUGCAUCUCUCCCUACGGUCUCUAGUUCCGGCUAUUGCGGCCACCAUCACGGCGGCGGACAUCAUAGUGGUGUUGGUGGAGGCAGAGCCGUGCCAAAGGUCGUAGGCGAAGGUUUCUUUAACUCCUUCGUAGGCACGGCCCUGGGUGGAGGAGGAUGUGGCGGCGGCGGCGGACAUCAUGGGGGUGGUGGAGGAGGAUGUGGUGGCAGCGGAGGCGGUGGAGGGUGUGGUGGUGGUGGUGGUGGCGGUGGUGGUGGCGGAUGUAACUAG